CAACGAAUGUAAGGAAGGCCUGCAUGGUUGUCAUGUAAAUGCCAUUUGUGACAACACUGAGGGCUCAUACAACUGUACAUGCAAACCGGGAUUUAUUGGAGACGGAAGAAACACCUGCAAAGAAUGUGGGCCUGUUGGUGUGACGGACAAAAAUACAAUUCCAGAUGUCAAAAUGACAGCGAGCAGUUUUUACAGUAAUCAGUAUCCAUACUACGGCCGACUGAACGAAACCAGGGGAGAAGGAGGGUGGUGUCCAAAGAAUAAAUCUGAUAGAACAGAAUAUCUUCAAGUUGAUAUGGACGAAGUGCGUUCUGUUUGUGGUGUGGCCACACAAGGAGUACUGAGUUUGACUGAAUGGACCACCAGCUACAAACUACGAUUGUCUACAGACGGUAUUACUUGGAGCACUUACAGGGAAACGAAUUUCGAAAAGGUGUUCACAGGAAACUCAGAUCAGACCAGCAUCGUGAAACAUUCACUCAGAAAUGACUUCAAAGCCAGAUACGUUCGGUUUUAUCCUGUAAAAUUCUAUGCUUGGCCAUCUUUGAGGGUUGAAAUAUUUGAGCUUAAGUAAUACUUCAAAGGGUUAGUAUAUAUGUGUAGUCACUCUCUAACACAAAAACUAAAGGAUAAAAAAUAUAUUCACAGAGUUUAAAAAAAGAAAAUCAACAUUAGCAAGUAAUUAACCUAACAAACUAAUUAACAAACUAAUCAUUCCCAGACGAGAAUCCAGGAUUUUUUGUAGGAGUGGGUGCACCAUAAACGAAUCACCUAACUGACGUCUCUGACGAACAGAAGAACUGAUACUCGAAAAGUCAGUGCUAACUUACCAUUUUCACUGCGUUUAACAUAAAUUCUGUAACCUCAUGUUUUACUUCAACGCAAAUAAUUCACGCAGUUUUAUUUUUUUAUUGUAUCGUUACUUUUUUUUACAAUUAUUUUGCACCAUACUAGUUAUAUAAGAAAGCCUCAGAUUAUCUCAGGGGGAGGUAGGUGUGCACCCCCUGUACUCCUCCCCUAGAUCCGCCCCUGACCACACCCCCUUCGCUGCAACAUAAUGAAACAGUUAUACAGAAUAAAGGUAAAAUGGAAAAAGUAUUCCAGAUCUGUACUGAAAGAUGUGUAAGUCCACUGUUGCUUUUUCAUUAAGCAUUAUGUUUAGCUGCUAACGGUGUGAGUUUUCUUUUCUCAUAAGUUAGUAGUGUAUGAAAAUAAAAACAAGAGAUACAGUAGAAUCGAGAUUCCUGAGGCAUGGAUACCUGCCACUUAAAAGCAGAGUACUCAGCCAAAAACAAAGCAGAUCUCCAGGAGAACAACAUUAACUUGUCAAACAUGGGUGAACCAACAGGAGCACGUUAAAACAAACCAAGAACAGCUCAAUAUGCUACACUUAUAGCCAUGGGUGACUAUUCAAUGUCAUUACAUGAUGAAGAAAAGUAGUAAAGCUGUCGUACGAACGCGAUUUGCAGAUGAUAGCUUGACUCUUCUUAUUAUAGAUUCGCUUUUUUGGGAGAAAACUGGUGUCAUGUCCAUUUAGUACCUAGGAUCUGUUUUUUCAAGCACUCGCUGAUAUUAUUAGCUGAAUCCACCAAAGAGGUCUUCAUACCUCUCUGGUAUUUGAUUUAAAACAUAAAAGAUUGAUCGCAUCACAUAUUUUAUUCGAACUGUUAGACAGACACGGUUGUAAUAUUAUCUAGUUAAGAAGGAAUUAAAAUUGCAAUAAACUACA